AACGCAGACAUGGCAUUUCUCCAACUCAACGCCUUGAGCAAACGCUACGGCGCCGUCGACGCCGUGGUCGCCACCGACCUGGCCGUGGAAAAAGGCGAGUUCGUUUCCCUGCUCGGCCCUUCGGGCUGUGGCAAGACCACUACCCUGCAAAUGAUUGCCGGCUUCGUCGAGGUGACCAGCGGCCAGAUCCUGCUGGAUGGGCGCGACAUCACCCACGCCAAGCCCGCCAGCCGUGGCCUGGGCGUGGUGUUCCAGAGCUACGCGCUGUUCCCGCACAUGAGCGUGCGCGACAACGUCGCCUUCGGCCUGAAGAUGCGCAAAGUGCCCGCCGCCGAGAUCGCCAGCAAGGUCAAGACCGUGCUCGACCUGGUGCGCCUGGCUCCCCACGCCGAGCGUUACCCCCGUGAGCUGUCCGGCGGCCAGCGCCAACGCGUGGCCCUGGCGCGCGCCUUGGUGAUCGAACCGCCGGUGCUGCUGCUGGAUGAGCCGCUGUCCAACCUAGACGCCAACCUGCGCGAAGAGAUGCAGUUCGAGAUCCGCCGCAUCCAGUGCGCGGUGGGCAUCACCACGCUGAUGGUCACCCACGACCAGGCCGAAGCGCUGUCCAUCAGCGACCGCGUGGUGGUGAUGGAGGCCGGCCGCGUGACCCAGAUCGACGCGCCCUACACCCUCUACGAACACCCGCGCACACGCUUUAUUUCUGACUUCGUAGGCAAGGCCAACCUGUGAUGCCGGGGGUGCUGUCCGGCACC